CAGGGCUACGUGGUGCAGGCUGGGAACAGGCCCGGGCCUCCGCCGCAGGGGCCGCUCCGGUGGCUGUCGCCUCCUGGGCUGUCGCAGCGGUUUGCUGAGGGGCCGCCGCUUAGAACGGCGAAGCGAGGCCUGUGCUCGCAUCUGGCCCGGCCCGGGUGGGGGCCUGGGCUGUGCGAUUUAGGUUUUAGUCCUGGUUUUAUGACCAUGUAAUAGUACGGAAGAGAGUGUGGUUUGCAGCUGUGGUUGUUACAGUGGCAGCAUGUCACCUGCUGGCCAGAACGCCAUCAGGAGACAAGCAUCAUGCAGGGCAGUGUAAAAACAUCUGUUGUGUCUGCUUUGUGUGUGUGUUUCAGGUCAGGGAAGGCAAAGGGUGCAGGGAGGCAAGCUAACUUCCGAAGUGUUAAGGUACUUUAAUGCUGGGCUGCAAAAUAAUUCCCCCCUUGGUUUUGUGCCCCAGCACGUGGUGGUCUUUGACGCUGUUAUUUGAGGAAACGUUUCAUCAGCCACCAGCUUUCCAGGGUUGCAGUGAACAUGCAUCACUAAGGUUGGAAAGACCACUAAGAUCAUCUGCUCCAACCAUCAACCUGCGGCUGCGGCUGCUCUCAGCCAUGUCAUUCAGUGUGGCAUCCUCUCUUCUCGAACACCUCCAGGGGCAGCGACUCCACCACCUGUUCCAAAGCCUCACCACUCUUUCGGCAAAGAAAUAGCUGUGUAUCAAGUCAUAGUUACACCCUAAUCUGUUCCAUGUGUUUUAAAGCGUGUUAUCUUAAGUGAGUUGGCUGAACCAGAAGGCAGAUGGUUGGCGACUUUAGUCUUAAGGCGAUGCUGUGCUCGUGCCUCAUCAGGCUCUUCACUUUGUUUUUCUGUCUUUGUCACCGUUGUAUCAGAACGUUUUGUUUCCUGACUAAACAGACAGAUUGAGCUGGCAUGAGUGGGGAAACAGCUCAUCUUGGUAAUGCAGCGCUUGGUUAAGAAGGACGGCCUUGUUUGGGUCUGUGUUCGGGGGGGAGAUUCAGUUUUUAUGUUCUCUAUAAGUUUCCAGCUCAAACCACCAUCAGAAAUGACACUAAAGGGCAGAUGUUCCACAGUUUCUGGGAGUUGAACUCGUGUUAAAAACACGUCAUACUUUCAACGAAUGCUUGCAUGGUGGUGCUUUAACCUGGAUUUCUUCUGAGGCCUCAGUGAGUCCUUUUGUCCUAUGGGCCACAGUCCACAAAGGCAUCAGUUUCUGUGAGAAUAUCAGGGCUCUGCUUUCUGCAGGAGUGGUUCCUUCUGUUGUUUGAGUUAACUGCAUCCCUCCCUCCCUGGAAGAAUAACAGGCUUCUCUUCUGGGGCUGGGGGGUGAGGGGGGGUCCUAAAUGGAUAAUAAACAGUAGUGCAGGGGGCAGUUAUCUCUCCUCCUUGCUGAAGUUACAGCAAAGGAAUUAAAAUAAAUAAAUGGAAAAUAACUGUGGUAUUAUCGUUGCUUUAAAUGAAUAUAGCGAGUGUAGCAAUUGGGGCUGUGCUUAUAUUGUGCUUGUGUAUCCAAGCUUGGUGUAAGAAACAAAAAUUGGCAUUAACACCUCUCAUUCUUCAGUGCGGAGCUGGCAGGAGCCACCUGGCUCGCCCAGGCAGUUUGUCGUUGCUGUGUUUUGGGGUGAUGGCUGUCCACCUUGAGUUUCCUUCUUAGACUGACUCCUUGGAGCAUCUCCACCCCAGGCCUAGGAUCGAGGCAGUCCCUGGGAAUCACCAGCUGGCAGCAGAGGGCGUGCUGUGUGAAGGGGCUGCCCUCCCCUUGGUCAGUAGUGCUGCUCCAGAUUUCUAACUGCAGCCCCUUUUCAUCGUGAGGGGGGAAUUCCCUCUCUCCAUCAACUGCUGAACGCUGUAAACUUCAGCACGACAUUAUCUUGUGCUCUGGCCCCUGCUUGCUCCCCUGGUGCAGCCUAAGCAGGCCUGGCUCUGUGUUUUUCAGUGCGUGUAGUGUUAUCUCGUGCACUGACAAAUGAAAGUGGGUGCCCGGUGUCUGUCACGUUGUGUUUUUAGGACAGUUCCACCAUGGAUGGGGGAGAUGGUACUGCCGACCUCGUGAUAAACAAGAGGUUUGUGUCUGAAGCGGAGCUGGAGGAGCGGCGAAAGAGGAGACAGGAAGAAUGGGAAAAGGUCCGAAAACCUGAAGAUCCAGAAGAGUGCCCAGAGGAGGCGUAUGACCCGCGCUCGUUGUAUGAAAGACUUCAGGAGCAGAGAGAAAAGAAGCAGCAGGAAUUCGAGGAGCAGUUUAAAUUCAAAAAUAUGGUGAGAGGCUUAGAUGAAGACGAGACAAACUUCCUUGAUGAGGUUUCUCGGCAGCAAGAGCUACUAGAAAAGCAGCGAAGAGAAGAAGAGAUGAAAGAACUGAAUGAAUACAGAAGCACUCUCACCAAAGUGGGAGUGGGUAUGGACCCAAAGAAGGAAACUGAGAAGAAAUUGCCCAUGAAGUCAGUGGAAAACAAGAACAAAUUCUCUCAGGCAAAGCUGUUGGCAGGAGCUGUGAAACACAGAAGUUCAGAUGGUGGUAACAGUGUGAAGAGGUUGAAACUCGAUACUGACCACGAAGAAAAGAGUCAAGAAAAACCGUCCUGCGUUCCCCUGGGGAGCAGCUCCGUGGGAGGAUCCGCGGUCCACUGUCCGUCGGCUGCGGUCUGCAUCGGGAUCCUGCCCGGCCUCGGCGCCUACUCCGGCAGCAGCGACUCGGAGUCCAGCUCGGAUGGCGAAGGCACGAUCAAUUCCACCGGGAAAAUCGUCUCCUCCGUCUUCCGCAGCAACAGUUUCUUCGAUGGUCCAUAACAAAACCCCUCCGUGUGUAAUGUAGUGCAGAGUAACUUCCAAAGCCCCGGUGGAUGUUUGAGAUGCAUCCUUCUGUCCCAAAUAUAAUAUUUCUAGCUAACCUCUCAACUUUAAUACAUUCAGAUGCUUCUAAAAUUAUUCAUUUUUAUUUUUAUUUUUUUUCUUCCCUGAUUUUUUUUUUUUUUUUUUUUUUUUUUUUCCAUUUCUGGGAUUCUUACCGAGCCUGAGGUGGGAAGGCUGCCACCCCAAAGCAGAGGUCACACCUCGUCCUGUAGGGCUGAGGCGGGGAGGAGAGCGCCUUUUUAAGAUUCUCAUGGAAAGAAAGAAUGAAUUUCGGUGAUCUGUGGAGUUUGUACAAGACAAACAGGCAAAAAAAAAACAAAAACCCAAAAAACCAAAAAAACCACGCACUUGAAGCACGGAAGUCUUGUAGGAGCAGCCAUGUGUUCUGUUUUAAAAUGUCAUUUUUAUUCUGUAUUUGAGAAAUGGGGGCAGAACAAAAAUCGAGCAGAUGGUGAAGUGUAGAUUGCCAUGACACUGUAAAGAAGUUUUAGUGUUACGCGAUUAAAGACAUUCUGAAUGCA